AUGCGGCUCGCCUCCUUCGUCUCCCUCCUCUGUCUGCUUCUCAAGGGCUUUCAGACCAUCGAGGCCACAGACACAAGCAACGACGAACAUUAUCGGCGCCUGGCUCCAUACAAUGCCGACUUUGCCUUCCGUCUGUUUAAGAACCUAGCAACCUUGGAUCCCAACAAGGACAUCUUGAUCUCCCCUUUAAGUGUCUCUAUGACGUUGUCUAUGCUGACUCUGGGUGCCUGCAACGACUCGAGCAGUCAGCUGUUCCACAGCCUGGGCUUUGACCUCAGCGAACUAGCGGAAUUGGAUAUCCAUGAGAGUUUCCAGCAACUUUCUGAACUCCUCAGGGAGUCAGACAGCAGCCUGAAGAUGAGCAUGGGCAGCACCUUGUUCCACAAUCAGAACCUGGAUAUCAUGAAAGAGUUCCCAGUCGACGUCCAGCGCUUCUAUGCCAUGGAAAACUUGCCGUUAGAUUUCGAGGCCUUGACGACACCCAGCAGUCAAAUCAACGAGUAUCUGAAAGAGAAAACACAGGGGAAAACCUCAGACUUAUUCUUGGAGAUCGAGAGCCCAGACACCCUCAUCCUGAUCAACUACGUCUUCUUCUCAGGCACAUGGGAAAAGGCCUUCAAUCCAGAAGACACCAGGUUAGCGGACUUCUUUCUGGAUGACGGGAGCAUCGUGCAGGUGCCCAUGAUGUUCCAGUCGAAUGAAUUCAAGUACUUGUAUGACUCAAGGUUGGAAUGCUUUGUGGUGCAGCUGGAGUACAUUGGCAGUGCAGCUGCCUUCUUCAUCCUCCCCAACAGCAAGAAGAUGGACACAGUCAUCCAGGCGCUGAGCCGAGACACACUUCACAAUUGGGGGCUGUCCGUGAUGAGCAGUAAUUUGGACCUCUACAUCCCCAAACUCUCCCUGUCUGGCAUCAACGAGCUCGAUGAAAUCCUGACGGCCUUGGGCCUCGAAGAUUUAAAGGCCAACCAUACACACCCACACGAAAACAAGAGCACAGUCCAGAAAGUUACAAAGAUGAUAUACAAGUCCGAUCUGCAACUCAGUGAGAAUGGCCAGGCCGCUCCCGCCAAGGUCUCCAGCAGUAUAGAAGGCCGCAAGACUCCCGAAAUUCACUUCAACCACCCCUUCAUCAUCAUGGUCUUCGACCAUACCUCAUGGAGCAGCAUUUUCCUGGCCAAGGUCAUGAACCCACUGAACCACGUGGCCACCGGAAGCCAUGCUGCCUACUGA